UGCAGCACGCAGCGCGGGAAAACAACACUCCUCCUGCUGCCGCUGCGGUGGUGAGACGGAGCGCGCGCACGAUGAAGGUGUAUUUCUGCGGGAGCAUCCGCGGCGGGAGAGACGACGCCGAACUGUACCAGAGGAUCGUCCGCGAGCUGCAACGAUACGGAACCGUGCUGACCGAGCACGUGAGCAGCCCCGAGCUCAGUGACAGAGGAGAAGAGGCCUCUGCAACAGACCGGCACAUUCAUGACCGGGACAUGGAGUGGCUUCGAGAGUCCGACGUGGUGGUUGCCGAGGUGACGCAGCCGUCUCUGGGUGUGGGCUACGAGCUGGGCCGAGCGGUGACCAUGAAGAAGAACAUCCUGUGUUUGUUCAGACCGUCGUCGGGUCGCAGCCUGUCAGCGAUGGUGCGCGGGGCGGAGGACGGCAGGCUGUUCCUGGUGAAGGACUACAGCGAGGAGCAGGUGGAGGAGAUCCUGAAGGACUUCUUUCAGCGACUGGGUGGAGGAAGUUCUGCAUGAGUUCUUUACAGAAGUGGCUGCAGGAGGUUCUGCAGUUCCUCAGACCAGCAACUCAGUGUGUCACUGAUAAUAAAACCUUCUGAAUCCGAA